UCAAGGCAGCAUUGUUUAACAGCAGAAAGCACUCACACACGCCAACAUAGGAACCUAGGCACACUAUCGCAGGAAAUAAGGCAGAAAAUUACUGUCAGAUUUCUAUUGACGACGUAUCUAUGUUGUCAGCUGCUACAAUACACCUCAUUGGCAGCGGGGAUGUGGGAUUCCUAUCUGUCACUCAGAGGCACAAGCUGACAGGGGCCUGAUGGGAAAAUUGUACCUGCUGCAACACCUACCGUCUCUGCUGAGAUGUCCCCAGGCGGAGUGAAAUGUGGAUAACAGUGUGAGCCAGGGGAAUUCAACAUUUGGUCCAAGAUAUCCCUAGACUGAGCCAAAAAGGGAUCUGUGCUAGUUUAUACAAAACACAGGCACAAAUACACUCUCUGUCUCCUACACAUUUGUUACAAUGCUGAUGCCAGGACCACUGUGUGUGUGUCUGGUACUGGUAUGGGUGGGAAGCUGCUCUGCUCACAGCCUCUUUACCUGUGAGCCCAUUAGAGUGCAUCGGUGUUUGGGUAUGUCCUACAACAUGACCUUCUUUCCAAACAUGAUGGAGCACUAUGAUCAGGAUAUUGCAGCAAGUCAUAUGGAGCCGUUUAUGCCCUUAGCAAACCUGCACUGCUCACCAGACGUCCACCACUUUCUCUGUCAAGCGUUUGUUCCAGCAUGCACCGAGGAUAACAAAGUGAUUCGUCCUUGUCGAGAACAGUGCGAGGCAGUUCUUUCUGACUGUGAAGAGAAUAUUCGUGUCUUUGGCAUCACAUGGCCCCCUGAGCUGCAGUGUGACAAAUUGCACCCAUGUAGCUUCCCUGAUGGACCAGGUCUUUCUGUAACCACAACCAUGUCAUCCUCCUCAUCGGUCAUGAGGGACCUUGGCUUUUGGUGCCCUCUGCAGUUAAAAACCAAACCAGACCAGGGGUCGUCAUUCCUGGGUGCCCCAGACUGUGCUCCACCCUGCGCCAACAUGUAUUUCAAACCCCACGACAUUGAAUUUGCUAAAAGCUUUAUCGGCGUGUGCUCCAUCAUCUGCCUGGGCGCCACUCUUUUUACAUUUCUAACUUUUCUCAUAGAUGUAAAACGUUUCCGCUACCCUGAACGACCCAUAAUAUUUUAUGCGGUCUGUUACAGCUUUGUCUCACUCAUAUAUUUCAUUGGCUUCUUAUUGGGGAACAACGCUGCCUGUACCAAGGCAGCACAUCCCUCAGGUGUGGAUACAGUUGUGCUUGGGACUCAAAGCAAAGGGUGCACUUUGCUUUUCAUGCUGCUUUAUUUUUUCUCUAUUGCUGGUAUCGUCUGGUGGGUCAUCCUAACCAUCACCUGGUUCCUGGCAGCUGGGCCCAAGUGGAGCUGCGAGGCCAUAGAGAAAAAAGCGGUGUGGUUUCACUCUGCUGCCUGGGGGAUCCCCGGGGCUCUAACUGUCAUGCUGCUUGCUCUCAACAAAGUAGAAGGAGACAACAUCAGUGGAGUUUGUUUUGUGGGACUUUAUGAUUUGGAUGUACUUCGACAAUUUGUUCUGGCUCCACUGUGUGUCGGGGUGAUAGUCGGCCUCUUCCUCAUCCUGGCGGGAAUCGUUUCUCUUAACCAUGUGAGGCAGGUCAUCCAGCAUGACGAGCGCAACCAGGAGAAGCUGAAAAAGUUUAUGAUCCGCAUUGGCAUUUUCAGCUGCCUCUAUCUUGUCCCUCUGGUUACGUUAUUAGCUUGCUACACUUACGAACAGAGUCACCGCCACACCUGGGAGACCACCUGGAUCAACGACCGCUGCCAGGAGUACAGCAUUCCCUGUUCUUACAAGACAACCGAAAAUGAUCGUCCUGACCUCUCUCUGUUUUUGGUGAAAUAUCUAAUGACCCUGAUAGUGGGAAUAUCAGCAGUGUUUUGGGUCAGCAGCAAGAAAACCUGCUCAGAGUGGUCUUACUUCUUCAACAGGACUCAUAAGAGAGAUCCCAUCAGCGAGAGCCGCCGCGUACUCCAGGAGUCGUGCGAGUUCUUCCUCAAGCACAACAGCCGUGUACAGCACAAAAAGAAGCACUACAAACACAGUUCCCACAAGCUCAAGGUCAUCUCCAAGUCCAUGGGCACAAGCACAGGUGCUGCUCCCGCCAAUGCUGCCGCUGGUGCCCACCACCCUAAUCAAGGAACCUCUGCCCAGGGAAACCAUGACCCACAUAUACAGGGUUCUAUGUCUGAGACUUCGGCCAGGGAACACAUGGAGAGGGGCACCUCCAGCCGAACCUCCAGGAGAGGAGACAAGGAGAGGGGUGAGAAACGCAGCAAAGGUGGGAGCUCCAGUAAGGUCAGCAGCCAUUCAGAAAAUGUGCAGCCAGACCAGAGGUUGAGCCCAAGGAGUGAGCUGUCAGCGGUCAGGCAGGUUCCUACUGGUCAGCAGCAUCCAGCUAUGAACCUGUCCCACAGCACCAGCAUGAUCCCAGACUCCAUCCACCAACUGGUGCCUGAGGAGAGCGGUGACACAAAGGACAACAGUUGCUAAAAUUCUAAAACUAGUCACAUGUAAUGCUGUUUGUCUCAUCUACUUUGGGUUGUUGUUCACAGUGGUUGCUUUAUAUCCAGUGCAUGUUUGUUGGGAGAAUGUUGCCUUGAGUAUUUCAAACCUUCAUAUCUUGGAGCAGCUUUAAUGAGCUUUAACCUUAUACCUAAAUGUUGCUGCAGCACAGCUUUGGCCCAACCACUCAUAUGCAGUUUAUUUUUGUAGCAUUAAAUCUUUUGUUCUAUAGAAUAGUCAUCCAGGAGCGUAAUAUGCAUGCACAAGAACUAUUUGUGUAAAUAUUUUUUAGACAGUCCUUUUGACUGGAUUAUAGUCGCUACACUGAGUUUAUUUCUAGGAGUGACACUGGUCUCUCUGUGGUUAAAAAAAUCUUUGAAUGUUUCCUCCUUAUAAAGAGGUUUAGAAUUAAACUUGAUUUUUUUUUAUUUUUUACCUUUUCUGUUUUCAUUUCAUGUUUACUUCUAGUUUGUGUUUUCUAAAGAACAAAGAAGCAUCCUGUGGAUUUAGGUAAUGUAGUUUAGCCCUAUUGUUUUCCUCAAGGAAUUUGGAAUUACUUUUCCUUCAGGCAGAACAGACAUAUGUUGUGCACAUGUGAUGUCUACCUGUGUUUCUGUUGUUCACAAAGUCUAACGGUCUGAAAAAAAUAAGAUAAGAAAACUUCACAAAUCGUCUUUGCACUUUUCACUAGACCGAAGCACAAAC